AUGAAAAGAGAGCCAUCUCCAAUGAAACGGCGUAUAAUUCUCAAGCAUGGAGAAGCUUACAGCGCCACUACUACCAGGCUUAUUAGACGGACCCGGAGCCGUGAAGGAGAAUAAUAAUGCUUCGAGUAUCCCAAGGUUCUUCUUCCCUCGCAAACGGACGCCAUUCACGUGCGGAGAGCACAUACGACGAGGGAGGGUAGCAGCUAAGCUGGAUGCUGUCAUCCUUACCAGUACCGAAUUCUCUCGACUAGUAGAGCAUAUCUGCUCGUUUGCCUGUAUUGAAUUUGCUUUUUAUUGCAAGUCUAGCUGCUGCUCUUUGUAUAUGUUUCUCAUGUCGAUUCAUUUGCGUUCUAACCAGGCGAUCCCGAUCUGUCGCUGUAUCUAAAGCGAGAGAUAAAGCAAAGAACCAAGAAGACUGGAAUCGUUGAGAUCGAUCGCAUGCUCGACGCACAAAUGACACUUAUGCUCUCAUACGAAGACUAUCAAUCUCUUUCAAAGGGUUCUCGGUGUGGUAUAUUGUCUCUGCGUGCGAAGUCGGGGAUCCUGCUGACAGCUCAACGCUUCCUUAUGUUUCCGCAGGACACACAGGGGAGAAUAAGUGGGUAUAUGCUCCUUGAGUACCUUCACCAGCUGCAGUUAUCCCUACGCAUAGCCCGAUUCGUUCUGGAACGCGUUACUCAUGAAGGCUCAGAUAAAGACGAAGUGCUGUCGGAGCAAGCGUACAUGACUCUUAUAACCGAAACAAUUCAAGUCUCGAGACAACCAUUAGGGCUCCAAGACGACACUGAUUUCCAGCAAUACUAUGAACUUAUCUGUGCGCGCAUGCUGCUCUUGCCACACGGAUUGCAGCAAAUUCGUACGCAUGGACUAUCGAUCCACCAAGUGGUGACAUGCAGUCGCUUUGCUGAAUUCUUUAGACUAAUGGAUGGCUCUCUGCGUGAGCGAUACGAUAUGCAGAGUAAUGCAUUCCACCCUACUCGAAUUCGGAAUGUACACCGGCAGUAUCUCCAGCUAGACCGCGACGGCAAUGGCAUGCUUAGUAUGACUGAGCUGCAAGACUACGGCAAAAAGCGUGCCUUUAACCCCACAGGCAGUGAGCCUACUCACGAUCUAACGGGUGCCUUCGUGACCCAAGUGUUUGCGGAAGUACCAACGUUUAACCAUGAGAUGGACUAUCAUGCGUAUCUGGAUUUUACUUUGCUUAUGAGCGACAAUGUAUCCCCUGCUGCACUUCGAUUCUUUUGGAAUGUACUCGAUUUUCAUAAGCAAGGUUUUCUGGACGCCUUCACUCUCGACUUUUUCCUCCGAAGUCUACUCGAGAAAAUUUAUGCGCACGAAGGAAAGAAGGACGCGCCAAGCAUAGAUCGUCUGCGCACGCAGGUAUUUGACGCGGUGGCCCCAGUGCAUCCGGCCAGGAUCACGUUGCAAGAUCUCCAGCGAUGCAAGCUCGGACACAAUGUCGUUCGGUAGGAUAACUAAUUGCAUUCAGCUCUUAAGGAGGUGGAAGAACUCUCACAUGAUUGCUCUUGUCAGGCUUGUUACCGAUUACGUCGCUUACCGAACAUACGAAGACAACGGAGGUCGUUUCCUAUGACUUGAGCGAAGCCAAAUACCUAUUGAUAUCUAUUAGGACAGAUGAAUGCAGCUCAGCUCUGGUCAUCACUACGGUAGCUUUGCUUUGCGUCACUAGUUUGUGUACGUGCCCAACAAAAAAGAGAGCGCAUUGAGCGUAGAGA